CAAGCGCCCCCUCUCUCUCUAAACAUGGAGGCGGCGACGGCGGCAGUCUCAGAGUGAGAAGGAGAACGGGGUGGGAGGAAGAGACAGAAGGGAGGAGAAGGGUAGGACGUGGACGGAGGGCAGGGCGGGGCAGCGACGAUUGCGAAGAUGAAGUUUCAGGUUGAGGAUCUGACGGUCUACUUCCCUUACGAGCAUAUAUACCCGGAGCAAUACCAGUACAUGCUGGAGUUGAAGCGCGCCAUGGACGCCAAGGGACACUGCCUCCUCGAGAUGCCCACCGGCACCGGCAAGACCAUCGCCCUUCUCGCCCUAAUCGUCAGUUACAUCCUGUCCGGCCGUCCUUCCGCACCCUCCAAGCUCAUCUACUGCACUCGCACCGUCCACGAGAUGGAGAAGGUGCUCUCCGAACUCCGCGUACUCCACCGUCUCUUCGUGGAGAGCGACCGCCAGCAGCCCUUCCUCGCCGUCGGCCUCAGUUCCCGCAAGAACCUCUGCAUCAACGAGGCCGUCAACACCGCCGGCUCCCGAGACAGCGUCGACGCUGGCUGCCGGAAGCUGACGGCGUCUUGGGUCCGCGCCCUAGCCUCCGAGAACCCCAAUAUCCCCACCUGCCCGUUCUUCGAGGAGUACGAGAGGAACUCCGACGCCCUCCUCCCGGCCGGUGUGUACACGCUACAGGAGCUCCGGAGCGUCGGAAGGCAGAAAGGGUGGUGCCCAUACUUCCUCGCUCGCCACAUGAUCCAAUUCGCUAAUGUGGUCGUGUACAAUUAUCAGUAUCUUCUGGACCCGAAGGUGGCGGGAAUUAUCUCGAAGGAAAUGCAGAGAGAGUGCGUUGUUGUCUUCGAUGAGGCCCACAACAUCGAUAAUGUCUGCAUUGAGGCGCUCAGCGUUAACGUGAGGCAGCAAACUCUAGACGGCGCUAGCAGGAAUAUCAGCAAGAUGUCGCAGAUCGUCGAGAAGUUCAAGGCUACAGAUGCCAGCAGGUUGCGUGCUGAAUACAACAGACUCGUUGAGGGCUUAGCACAGAGAGGCAACCUGCCUGUAUCGGAUGCAUGGCUUUCGAAUCCAGUACUUCCUGACGAUAUUUUGAAGGAGGCGGUACCUGGCAAUAUUCGCAAAGCUGAACAUUUUAUAUCUGUUUUGAGAAGACUGGUUCAGUAUCUGAGAGGAAGAUUACAAGUUGAAUAUGUUGAGACUGAAGGGCCUGUUUCAUUCGUUGCUUCAAUUAGUAGUCAGGCUGGGAUUGAUCAGAAAAUGCUCAAGUUUUGCUAUGAUCGCCUUCACUCUCUGUUGUUGACACUUGAAAUAACUGAUACUGAUGAGUUCCUACAUAUUCAGACUGUUUGCGACUUUGCAACACUGGUGGGGACAUAUACUCAUGGUUUCUCGAUUAUAAUUGAACCAUAUGAUGAGCGGAUGCCAAACAUACCAGAUCCUGUUUUGCAGCUCUGCUGCCUUGAUGCAUCACUUGCCAUAAAGCCUGUAUUGCAGCGGUUCCAGUCUGUUAUAAUCACAUCUGGAACUUUAAGCCCAAUUGACUUGUAUCCGCGCCUUCUAAAUUUUAACCCAGUUGUCAGUCAAAGUCUUACAAUGUCCUUGACACGAGAUUGCAUAUGCCCAAUGGUGCUUACACGUGGCAGUGAUCAGCUUCCAAUCACCACAAAAUUUGAUAUGCGCUCCGAUCCUGGUAUCGUAAGAAAUUAUGGACGACUCCUGUUGGAGAUGGUUUCUUCUGUUCCAGAUGGCAUUGUUUGUUUCUUCGUGAGUUACUCAUACAUGGAUGCAAUUGUCAAUAGUUGGAAUGAGAUGGGCAUUUUGCAGGAGGUUAUGCAGCACAAACUUGUUUUUAUUGAAACCCAGGAUGUGGUGGAAACUACACUAGCGCUGGAUAACUAUCGUCGGGCAUGUGACUGUGGAAGGGGAGCAGUUUUCUUCUCUAUUGCAAGGGGAAAAGUAGCUGAAGGUAUCGAUUUCGAUAGGCACUAUGGGAGGCUUGUAAUCAUGUUUGGGAUUCCAUUUCAGAAUACACAAAGCAGGAUUCUGCUUGCUCGGUUGGAUUAUCUGAGGGAGACAUUUCAGAUAAAAGAAAGCGAUUUCUUGACUUUUGAUGCAUUGAGGCAGGCAGCACAAUGUGUUGGUCGCGUUAUCCGUUCAAAGUCAGAUUACGGAAUGAUGAUUUUUGCAGACAAGAGAUAUAAUCGUCAUGAUAAGCGAUCUAAACUACCUGGAUGGAUCUUGUCUCAUUUGCGUGAGGCACAUAUUGAUUUGAGUACUGACAUGGCUUUACGCAUAGCUCAACAGUUUUUGCGGAAGAUGGCCCAGCCUUAUGAGAAAUCCGGAGAAGGUGGCAAUAAGACUCUUCUUUCACAAGAAGAUUUAAUCAAAAUAGCACAGAAUGGCAGUUUGUUUUUCUGAUCCUGUCUCUCCAGCUACUGUUGAUUGCCACCAAAAAGUUACAUAGGCGCCUUAUUUUUCUGUGCGGAUCAGGUCACAUGGUGUCGUACCUUGUACCAGGUGACCUGAUCUCAGAUCACCAAUUUUGUGUUUAAUGUACAGAUGGGAGUUGUGUUCGAAAAAAAUUUACCUGUUGAGUCCUAACUUUGCCCAUCUGUGUCAGCUGAGAAAGAACUAGCUCUCUGUCACUGUGCAUGGGAUGUAUUUUCAACGAAAAGUGAUCUCUUUCAAUUGGACAUUUCAGGAGCAUUUAUUUUUCA